AUAACCCCGGCAGAUAAGCGCUGCAAUAUUCUUUAGCGCGCAAAACAUCUUUAGCUUUUCCUUAUUUACUAAGUCUGUUCGCUGGACUCUUUAGUUAUUUGUUUGCUGAUAAUAAUCUUCUUCGAAUCGCUGCGUCUUUGCGAAGUGCAAAGCUUGGCUAUUUAACCAGCGUUUACAUUCAGCCUUCCAGUAUUUAGAAGUCGACAUAUCUUCAGGUCUGUAACACUUCUGCUGAGGAGAGUUCUACACUAGCACGAUGACGAGAGUGUCUACUCCAUUGCUGUUGGUGCUCGCGGCCCUGUGUGCUGCUGCCUCUAGUCUGCCCUCGUCCAUCCGCCGUCAUGACGACGUCGUCACGACGAGGGAGAUAGUUUAUGCGAUGUCGCAGAUGGCGGAAAAGGUUUUGUCUCAGAAUAAAGAAAUCUCCGAACCUCAGGACCUAGAAGGAAAAUGGGAAAUGCGUAUUAGUGGCUUCAGUGGUGUCAUCAGGUCCGGUGGCAACCACGACAAAGAAGAAGAUAAAGGGGAAGACAAAGAAGAAGAUAAAGGGGAAGACAAAGUAGAAAACGAAGAAUUCAACGAACCGGAGAGCCUCGAGCUGCAGGCCCCGGAGGAGCGGUACGCGCGCUCGGGAAGCAGCAGCUACAGGUUCCACGGCCGGGGCGCCCCCUGGCUGAUAGCCCGGGACACGUGCGCGCGCGAAGGGGCCCACCUCGCCGUGCCCAACUCCCCGCAGGAGGCGCGUCUGCUGGCGGCCAUGUACUCCCGCCACGGCAAGUCCGGCACCUCGUACGACAACCAGAUCUGGGUCGGCGUCAGCGACCUCGAAGAGGAGGGCAGCUUCGUCACCGUGCUGGGGGAAGAGCUGGGCGCGACCGGCUACAGCAGCUGGUACAAGAACCAGCCCGACGACUGGAGGGAGACCUCCUCCGCCGGCGAGGACUGCGUGACCCUGCGCACCGCAGACGCCCUGCUCAACGACCUGCACUGCUCCGCCCGCAUGCCGUACGUCUGCGAGAUGGACCACGAGGUGUCGUCCCCCGGGUCGCAGGAGCAGUACUCGCCCACGUUGCUGAGUCUGCGACCCUUCUUACGUUUGUAAAACCAUUUAUAAAUUGCAACCUGAAAUGGCAUUGUAAAUGUGUUUAAACAGCUCUGGUAGAAUCUGUCAAUAAAUGAUGUGAAUUGAUUCUUCAGCAAAUUCUA